AUGGUUUUCAAGAAAAAUAAUAAAAUAUCAAGCAUAAAUCAACGUAAAAGUACUAAUAGAUCUGUUCCUGGGAGCUUCGGCCGUCUUCAGUACCUGCAGAAUCUGGUUAACGAAUAUCAGCAAACUGAAAUAACGGAACACAAGGAACAGGUUUUAGCCAAUCUUGCUAAUUUCUGCUACGAUUCUCGGAACGGCCCACAACUUCGUCAAUUGCGCGUCAUUGAUCUCUUUUUUGACUGCAUCUUAGAACCAUCAAGUGCGUGGUUCAAAGCUGCCUUCCAAUCCGGAUCAAAUUUAAAUGUUGAUGAGGGCGAAGCUCGUCUAGUUGAAUUUGCUCUUGGAGGUUUAUCUAAUCUUUCGGCUUCAUCACCCUUAAAUCGUCAAGAAAUUCUCAAUCACAUACAUUUACCGUGUAUUGUAGCUUGUGCUACAUCUCCAGACUCCACAGUUGUUGUACAUUCGCUGACUAUUAUCAUCCAUUUGUUUACCCGUUGUCCGAAUUCAGAAGAUUUUAUUUCUUUGGGUACUAGGUUUCCUGCUAUCGUCCAAAUAGCUCGUCAAUAUUGUGAGUCACGUAAUCGGCAGACAGACAUUGAUCCUCGAAUUCCAAUUUUAUCACAAAUACUACUGGAAGACUGUUGUAAUUGCAGUUCCUCUCAUUAA